GGAAACACCUUCAUCUCUCUCUCUCUCUCUCUCUCUCUCUCUCGCUCCCAGAGACACGAACGUACGCGCACGGAAGAUCGCUGUCGAUCGCGAUGAUGCAGUGGAAGGCUUGUUUGAAGAGAACCCAGAAAGCAAACCUCGUACGAGCGUCCUGUCGUCCGGUAAGAAACAGAGCCAGGUAGCUAUACGCUCGUUGUUGGGCCAGUAUAGGAGGCAAAGUGGGAAAAGAAGUCUUACUUUCUGCUCAAUGACCUUAACGUUGACAUUAUCCACCGCCGUGCUUCUGAAAGAAGAAGCAAAGGUGAUGGCUAGUACAUGUACCGUGUGGUUGCAUCAAGUCGUUAGUUGGCAGUCGUGUCGAGCCACACUUGGGUGAUUUCAGGAUUGCGUAACGUCUGUUUGAUGAAAUGCUCCAGUGGAGCAUAGGAGGUGGCGGUACGGUUAUGACUAUUGAUUGGAGGAUGGUAGUCGGGAGAUGAUUGUGUGGAAGUAGUGUAUUCGUGGUUCACGUAUAACUAAGCCUACCAACCGAUCGAAUAGGACCCCGUUUCUAGAUCCCCGUCCUUGAACCAAACAACGUCCCGGUCUCUGCUUCAGGAAUCGCGAAGGUACGAAUCCAUAUGUACAGGGUUGUGUGCGAUUAAGCUUCAAAGAUUCGGUUUUGUCCAGAUUGGAGAUUUUCAUUUGUGAAACAUAAGUUGGUGUCUUUUAGCUUGUUAUUUGUCAUGGUUGUUCGUAUGAAGAUUCAAAGCAUUUGGUGUUUUGCUCAUCUCGGAAAACUCAAUGCCCUCAAGUACACGUACACUGCCUUUGCUAGAUAUUGUCACUCCGAACCACUCGGUGUCACUGCUACUUAUUUGGAACCAUCACCUUCAUCAAGUAACAAGAAUAGUGUGGCCAUCUUUUGGGAUUUAGACAACAAGCCCCCUAAUUCCUUCCCUCCAUUCGAUGCUGCUAUCAAGCUAAAAGCUUCAGCAUCUUCGUUCGGUGUAGUCCAUUACAUGGUGGCUUAUGCUAAUCAUCAUGCGUUCAGUCACGUCCCUCCAGUUGUUAGGGAGCAGAGGAAGGAAAGGAAGGUGUUGAACAAGUUGGAAGAUAAGGGUGUGCUCAGGCAGGUGGAGCCGUACUUGUGUCGUGUCUGUGGGAGGAAAUUCUAUACGAACGAAAAAUUUGUUAAUCAUUUCAAGCAAAUCCACGAGCGCGAACAUAUGAAGAGGGUGAGUCAAAUAGAGUCCGCGAGGGGGAAGAGGAGGGUGAACUUGGUUGCCAAGUACUCAAUGAAAAUGGAGAAGUACAAGAAUGCUGCAAGGGAUGUUUUGACCCCCAAAGUCGGGUACGGUUUAGCCGAUGAGUUGAAACGAGCAGGGUUUUUCGUGAAUAUGGUCUCGGAUAGGCCUCAAGCAGCAGAUGUUGCGUUGAGGAAUAACAUGGUUGAUGUGAUGGAUAAGAGGAAGGCUGACUGUUUGGUCCUGGUCUCGGAUGAUUCGGACUUUGUGGAUGUUUUUAAGGAAGCGAAACUGAGGUGUCUUAAGACUGUUGUCGUGGGACAUAUAAACGACGGACCUUUGAAGAGAACAGCAGAUGUUGGGUUCUCGUGGAGGGAUAUUCUGAUGGGGAAGGCUAAGAAAGAAGCUGUAUCGGUUGUGGGCCGUUGGAAAGACCGUGACAUUUUGAAUAGGCUGGAGUGGACUUACAACCCAGAAGUGGAUAGGAAAAUUUAUGAUUAUUAUGAUGAGAGUGAAGGCCAGGAUUUUGAAGACAGUGAUAGCGGAGUAGAUGGUGAAUUUAUAGAAAAAGAUGAUAGGAGAGCUUGGUGGGAUCUGGACUCAGAUGAUGAUGUUGCUUCUUCUCAGGCAUCUCAUUCAUCUUCAUGAUCGUUGAUGAACUGAAUUGAUUUGGCACAUAUAUCAGUAGAUGCAUAAUCAAAUGAGUAAUCAAUGUUUGACACUGCAUCCCUCAGGCAGAACUUUCUGUCUCUCUGUUCUGUCGGCUUGCUGGCUAAUCUGUGGAUGAUGAUGCAGAAAUGUGGUCAAGCUUAAAGGCUUAAGUUGAACUCCUACCGUACUAAUCAGAAUGAAGGAGAAUUAUUUGACAUACUUGUGAUAACUUUUCCCAAGUAUUAUUGUUCAUGUUCAAACAUAAGCAUAAAAUCUGCCUGUCAUCCUUGGUGAUGCUUUUGACAUGACUCUUGAAAUUGGUCAGUUGCGCACCAGCUACUUCUGCAUUUUGAUCCUACUUAUCAAUGUUAUAAUAUGCUCGGUUUGUUCUCUA